CAUCCCUCUAUUCUGUCUCUCUCUCUUGAGUACUUAAUAGCCACUACAAAGAACAAAAUCCUCUCUUUUUCUUUCUCUCUGAAAAAGUUUUAUCUUCUGGAGAAAAGAAUAACUGAAAGCAAAAAAAAAAAAAAGGGAAUGUCUAUAUGCAUCAAUUCCAACUCCUCCUGACCAAACCAACAAAAAGAAAAAAAACUGAAAGCAGAGCAAAAACAGAGCAAAGCAGAGGGAACAACAGAGAGAGAAAAGAAAAGGCAGAGAUGGGAGGAGUGACGUCUUCAAUGGCGGCAAAGUUUGCUUUUUUCCCACCAAACCCACCGUCAUACAAGCUUGUAACUGAUGAAUUAACUGGCCUUUUGCUUCUAAGUCCUUUUCCUCAUAGAGAAAACGUUGAGGUUCUUAGGCUUCCAACUCGGCGUGGCACGGAGAUUGUAGCUAUUUACAUCAGGCAUCCUAUGGCUACUUCCACUUUGCUUUACUCUCAUGGAAACGCUGCCGAUCUGGGUCAGAUGUAUGAGCUUUUCAUUGAAUUGAGCAUCCACUUGAGGGUCAAUCUUAUGGGCUAUGACUAUUCUGGGUAUGGGCAAUCAUCUGGAAAGCCAAGUGAGCAGAAUACAUAUGCAGAUAUUGAAGCCGCAUAUAAAUGUCUUGAAGAAAGCUAUGGUACAAAACAGGAAGAUAUCAUCCUCUAUGGCCAAUCUGUUGGUAGUGGCCCCACUUUGGAUCUAGCAGCUCGGCUGCCUCAGUUAAGGGCUGUUGUUCUGCACAGUCCCAUACUUUCUGGCUUAAGAGUCAUGUAUCCUGUAAAGCGUACAUAUUGGUUUGACAUUUAUAAGAAUAUUGAUAAAAUUCCACUUGUCAAUUGUCCUGUUCUUAUCAUUCAUGGAACUUCAGAUGAAGUUGUCGAUUGCUCUCAUGGUAAGCAACUCUGGGAACUGUGCAAAGAGAAGUAUGAACCACUGUGGCUUAAAGGAGGGAACCACUGUGAUCUAGAGCACUACCCUGAGUAUAUCAGACAUCUCAAGAAAUUCAUAUCAACCGUUGAGAAAUCUCCUUCACAAAGGUACAGUUCUAGGAGAAGCACAGACCAGUUUGAACAGUCCCGGAAAAGUACUGAUGUAUUUGAGGUUUCAAGGAAGAGUACUGAUCGAAGAGAGAAACCAAGGAAGAGCACUGACAGGCCUGAGAAGUUGAAAAACCAGUCUAAUAAUAUGGAUAAGCUAGAAAAACUAAGAAUCUCUUUUGAUCAAUUGGAAAGGUCUAGGAGGAGCGUGGAUUGCCAUGAGAAGUCCCGGAAAAGCAUCGACCACCAGUUGGAAAGAGCAAGGAAAAGUGUUGAUCGGUUGGAUAGAAUACGAACUGGUUAAUACUUUCAUGUAGAAAAAGAAAAAAAUUGCAUCCAAGUGUUUGGUGUUGUGAGGAAUUAAUUCUGGUUUUCUUCUUUUAUAUUUAUUAUUAUGGUGCUUGGGCUGUGUAGUUGGCUUGUCUUAUAUCUUUUCCAUCAUACUGUGGCAUGAAAAAUGGGUUUGGUGUUAUACUCCGACUCUGAAUUUGGCUA